GUGAGAAGUGCGGCGGGGGAGGUAAUGAUGGUGGUGAAGGAGGAAGGCGGGGGAGGGGGUGCUGGGCGCUGAGUGGCGGCUCUGGCAGGGUUUGGUAGGGUGGGGGACGGUCGCAGGACGUUCCCUCAGGAAGAGGGUGGGCGGAGGGGCGCAGUCGGCCUGAGGGGCCAUAGACCCCCAUCUUCCACAAGCGCCACGGCUGGCGUAGCUGUUCCAUGUGGCUCCAGCGGGGAUGGAGGACUCGGUGGCGGCGGCGGCGGCUGCUACUGCGGUGGCGACAGAGAAGCGGAUCUGAGGAGGGAACCGGGCCAGGCUCAGCCAUACAGCGGGAUUAGAGUACUCCAGGAUACGACUCAUACAGCCCCGAGGUGGAAUGGUGUUGUCUCCCUGAGGGAACCUUCUCUUACUCAUCCUGUCAUGUAUAUCAUACUGUUCUUGACUGAGUCAUUCGUCUAAGAUGGGACUUACCCUGUGAAACAGGGAGAAGACAUAUGAAUCCCAAACAUCAUUUCAAGUUGUAAUUGAGUUUUGUGAAGUACAGACAUACAUGCAAAGCUCCUUUGCCUUGGAUCCUCUGCCUUAUUAAAGUUGCUGUGUUGCUAACCCAGAACUGUUUCAAUUUAUUGAUCCAUCAUCAUGGCUUCUGUUUGGAAGAGACUGCAGCGCGUCGGAAAACAUGCUUCCAAGUUUCAGUUUGUGGCUUCCUACCAGGAGCUGAUGGUUGAGUGUACAAAGAAAUGGCAACCAGAUAAACUGGUGGUAGUUUGGACAAGAAGAAGCCGAAGGAAGUCUUCUAAGGCUCACAGCUGGCAACCUGGAAUAAAAAAUCCAUACCGUGGUGUUGUUGUAUGGCCUGUUCCUGAAAACAUUGAAAUCACUGUAACACUAUUUAAGGAUCCUCAUGCAGAGGAGUUUGAAGAUAAAGAAUGGACAUUUGUCAUAGAAAAUGAAUCCCCUUCUGGUCGAAGGAAAGCUCUUGCUACAAGUAGCAUCAAUAUGAAACAGUAUGCAAGCCCUAUGCCAACUCAGACUGAUGUCAAGUUAAAAUUCAAGCCAUUGUCUAAAAAAGUUGUAUCUGCCACUCUCCAGUUUUCGUUAUCUUGCAUUUUCCUUAGGGAAGGAAAAGCCACAGAUGAAGACAUGCAAAGUUUGGCUAGCUUGAUGAGUAUGAAACAGGCUGACAUUGGCAAUUUAGAUGACUUUGAAGAAGAUAAUGAAGAUGAUGAUGAGAACAGAGUGAACCAAGAGGAAAAGGCAGCAAAAAUUACAGAAAUUGUAAACCAAUUGAAUGCUCUGAGCAGCUUAGAUGAAGAUCAAGAUGACUGCAUAAAGCAAGCAAAUAUACCUUCAGCUAAAUCAGCCAGUUCCUCUGAAGAGCUUAUCAGCAAACUUAACUUUUUGGAUGAAGCAGAAAAGGACUUGGCCACUGUGAAUUCAAAUCCAUUUAAUGAUCCUGAUGUACCAGAAUUAAAUCCAUUUGGAGAUCCUGACCUAGAAGAACCAGUCACUGAAACAUCUUUGCCUAAAACAACAGAAGACUCUUUUUAUAACAGCUAUAAUCCCUUUAAAGAUGUACAUACUCCACAGUAUUUGAAUCCAUUUGAUGAGCCAGAAACUUUUGUAACUAUGAAGGAAUCUCCUCCCCAGUCUGCAAAAAGAAAAAACAUAAGACCUGUGGACAUGAGCAAGUACCUCUAUGCUGAUAGUUCUAAAACUGAAGAAGCGUUGGAUGAAUCGAAUCCUUUUUAUGAACCUAAACCAACUCUUCCUGUAAAUAAUUUGGCAAAUUCACUUCAAGAAUUGGAAACUGAAAGAAAAGUGAAAAGAAGGGCCCCAGCUCCACCAGUUCUCUCACCAAAGACAGGAGGAAUAAAAGAAAACACAGUUGUUUCUGCGGGAAGAGAUCUAUCCACUUCUCCUAAGCCCAGUCCUAUUCCCAGUCCUGUUUUGGGGCGAAAGCCAAAUGCUAGUCAGUCAUUGCUUGUAUGGUGUAAAGAGGUUACGAAAAACUACCGGGGAGUAAAAAUCACCAAUUUUACUACAUCAUGGAGAAAUGGUUUAUCUUUUUGUGCAAUAUUACAUCACUUUAGACCAGACUUAAUUGACUACAAGUCUCUGAAUCCUCAAGAUAUUAAAGAGAACAACAAAAAGGCUUACGAUGGAUUUGCCAGCAUAGGAAUUUCCCGGUUAUUGGAACCUUCGGAUAUGGUCUUACUAGCAAUUCCUGACAAACUGACUGUUAUGACUUAUCUAUAUCAAAUAAGGGCACAUUUCAGUGGCCAAGAACUAAAUGUUGUUCAAAUAGAGGAAAACAGCAGUAAAAGCACAUAUAAAGUUGGAGACUAUGAAACAGAUACAAACAGUUCUGUUGAUCAAGAAAAGUUCUAUGCAGAGCUUAGUGACCUGAAGCGGGAGCCUGAACUGCACCAGCCUACCAGUGGAGCAGUAGACUUCUUAUCAUCUCAGGAUGACUCUGUAUUUGUAAAUGAUAGUGGUGUUGGAGAGUCAGAGAGUGAGCAUCAGACUCCCGAUGAUCAUCUUAGUCCAAGCACAGCUUCCCCUUACUGUCGCAGGACUAAAAGUGACACAGAACCUCAAAAGUCCCAGCAGAGCUCUGGAAGAACUUCAGGAUCUGAUGACCCUGGAAUAUGUUCCAAUACAGAGUUAAUCCAAGCACAGGUUUUGUUAGGGAAGAAGAGAGUAUUGAAAGCUGAGACUUUAGAAUUAAGUGACUUAUAUAUGAGUGAUAAAAAGAAGGAAAAGUCGCCAUCCUGUAUUUGUGAGGAGACAGAUCAUCAAAAGCUUCAGACUUUAAACAAUAGUGAUUUGGAGGAAGAAAAAUUAGAGAAUUCCAGAUCCUUAGAAUGCAGAUCAGAUGCUGAGCUAGCUAUCAAGAAAACAAGUUUAUCUCCUACUUCUAAACCUGGAUACCUAUACAGUAAAGAUGCAGACCUUGCAAGAAAGAAACAUACUUCCUUAAGGGAGACAGAGUCUGAUGCAAGUGCUGAUAGAACCACAUUAAAUCAUGCUGAUCAUUCUGCCAAAACAGUCCAGCAUCGAAUGUUAUCCAGGCAAGAAGAACUUAAAGAAAGGGCAAGAGUUCUACUUGAGCAAGCAAGAAGAGAUGCAGCAUUAAAGGCAGGGAAUAAGCAGAAUACCAAUGCAGCCACACCAUUCUGCAACAGGCAGAUAAGUGAUCAGCAAGAUGAAGAGCGACGUCGGCAGCUGAGAGAGCGAGCUCGUCAGCUAAUAGCAGAAGCUCGAUCUGGAGUGAAGAUGUCAGAACUUCCCAGCUAUGGUGAAAUGGCUGCAGAAAAGUUGAAAGAAAGGUCAAAGGCAUCUGGAGAUGAGAAUGAUAAUAUUGAGAUAGAUAAUAACGAGGAGAUUCCUGAAGGCUUUGUUGUAGGAGGUGGAGAUGAACUUACUAACUUAGAAAAUGACCUUGAUACUCCUGAACAAAAUAGUAAAUUGAUGGACUUGAAGCUGAAGAAAUUUCUAGAAGUUCAGCCACAGGUGGCACUCUCUGGUACUACCCAGAAAGCUGUAGCAGAGAGCUCAGAGCAAGACAUUAAGAAUGGCACAGAAGAUCCCCGGACUGAACGAUUACAGAAAGCAACAGAAGGUUUUAGAAAUCCUGUUGUGUUCAGCAAGGAUUCUACAGUCAGAAAAACUCAACUUCAGUCUUUCAGUCAAUAUGUUGAGAAUAGACCAGAGAUGAAAAGGCAGAGAUCAAUACAAGAAGAUACAAAGAAGGGAAAUGAGGAGAAGGCAGCGAUAACUGAAACUCAGAGGAAGCCAUCAGAAGAUGAAGUGCUUAAUAAAGGGUUCAAAGACACCAGUCAGUAUGUUGUAGGAGAAUUGGCAGCACUAGAGAAUGAGCAAAAGCAAAUUGACACCCGUGCCGCGCUGGUGGAGAAGCGCCUUCGCUAUCUCAUGGACACAGGAAGGAACACCGAUGAAGAAGAGGCUAUGAUGCAAGAAUGGUUUAUGUUAGUUAAUAAGAAAAAUGCCUUAAUAAGAAGAAUGAACCAACUCUCUCUUCUGGAAAAAGAACAUGAUUUAGAAAGACGGUAUGAGCUGCUGAACCGGGAAUUGCGGGCAAUGCUAGCCAUUGAAGACUGGCAGAAGACUGAGGCCCAGAAGCGACGUGAGCAGCUCCUGCUGGAUGAGCUGGUGGCCCUGGUAAACAAACGUGACGCGCUCGUCAGGGACCUGGAUGCACAGGAGAAGCAGGCUGAGGAAGAAGAUGAGCAUUUGGAGCGAACUCUGGAGCAAAACAAAGGCAAGAUGGCCAAGAAAGAGGAGAAAUGUGUUCUUCAGUAGCAUCAGACUGCAAUCUCUCCCAGCAUUUUAGUCUUGAGGCCCCAGACUAGAAACAGACUCUUUGAUUUAAAACUUCUAACAUUUACUCGGCUGAAUUGUACUUCUGUACCACCACUACCACUUUUCCUCCCUCUUUUCCAGAUAAUAUACAGAACUCCAAAGUAGCUUUAAGGAUUUUUUGAGUUAUAUCAUUUUUCGAAAUCGUGUGAAAUAGACUUGCACAGAUACCUUGUGAGUGAUUGGUAUUGGAGGUUUUCAAGAAACUGUUUUAAAAAAUCACUUCCUACAUUUUCCCUCAGACAGAAAGAAAAUUUCAAACAUUUUGUUGUUGUUGUUGUUAUUGUUGUUAUUCAUAGCAUAAUGACUGUGGGAGGGGGGCAACGAAGGGAUAAGAAAAAUGAUAUGAAUGAUUUUUUUUUCCAGUCCUGCCAUAUGUAAUAAUCUGUUACCUAAAUCAUAGUUAGAUCAUAUUCAAUCUACUUAUUAAACUGUGUACUAUUUACCAGCGGGGUUUUCUGCAGUUGUUUUGCAAUUCAUUGUAAGGAUAAUAGGCUUUCUGCUUUCCUUAGAGGUUAGCCCUUUAAGGUAGUCUGAGACAACAGGUCCUGUGGUUUGAAGGUGAGCUGAGGGGAUGAGACUAAUUGACCUGCGGCAGUUUACAAAGACAGUUUUACCACCUGAGUAUGCACCAUCUUUUUCUCUGGAUAAUUAUUUAUUACAUCUUGCUAGAUCCCUAUAUUUUGAUAGGUCUCAACAUUGGCUCAAGAAUGCUGUUAAUAUUUAUUCUGUAUUGAUAAAAGUGUGUCUUGCCACUAUGAGUAAAUACCCCGAUUAAUAUUUUCUUCUCUAGCAUAGCACUGUCAUUUUUUUGUGUGAAAAUGGUUAUCUGUUUAUUU